CUCAUGUUCUCUAAAAGGAUUUAAGACAUGAAAACUUCUCGGAGCUUUCAGAGAUCCGCUGUGACCGAACAUCCACCUCAGAGCUUUCUAAUCGUCAAACACAAAAGGCGCAAUCAUGACUUCUAAAAUGGUUGUUCGGCAACCUCAGCCUAUGAUGUAUUCCCAAGAGUCUAAUGAGUGGUCAAGUGGGAUCUGUGACUGCUGUCAAGAUGUGCCAGGGUGUCAGAAAGGCACCAUGUGUCGGGAUUGUGUGCUUUCGACUUUCUGUUGCGCCUGCAGCUGGUGUCAGAUGUCCAGAGAAAUGAAGAGUAGGAAUGUUUCAGUUGUUAUGGUCGGUGCCAAAAACUCAUAACCUCUUCGCUCUUCAUCAUCACCACCUGGGCUGCUGGUUACUUAAUACAACACCAUCUGCGUGGGAUGUCAGUGACAUUUUACACCGAUGACUUCUUUGAGGAAGAGUAGUGCUCAUGUCACUGACAGAAACGUGUCUGUAAAUAUGACUUUAUUAAAGGGAGACGGGAUCACGGCUUGCUGACUAAAGCAUAAUAGAAAUCUCUUAAUAAAUGUUAAAUAUAUAUAAUGACCUUUGACUUGAAUUUUAAUCGUAACGUUGCUUUGUGAGUUUGCUUACAUACACAACACUAAUGGUUGCAUUUAACAAGUCACAAUCUACGUUCACAAUAAGCACUGGGAUUCAAAAAUUUGUAUAAAAAACUGAAGAAUGUAUUUUUUUAUCCUGCUUGCAAUUAAAUAAACAA